GGUGGUGGAGGGUCGUGGAGGCUCUCCCCUGUGCCCGCUUUUCGCACUUCUGCCCAUCUUCUUCAUCAUCGUCACCCCGGGACUAAUUGCCACCGAUAUUCACCGGCAGGUAUGCUGAUUGAUCGGCAGCUGGCAUCAACAUGACGGACGCCUUCGAUAGCUACUUCUUUUCUUCAAAUCUGAGCAGCUACAGCUGCCCAGCCCUAAACAACCUUGAAUGCCAACCCCCGGCCGCUUGUGCGCGCGAGUCCAGCACCGGCAAUGAAUACUGCUGCGACGCCGGCGAUGUAUGCUGGCGUUUCGCAUCAAAGUGCCAGACCGACGGCAGCACUCUCUCCUGCGGGAAUGGCGACAAUACAUGGUGUUGUCUAUACCCAUCGGAAAUCUGCACGCAAACUUCGGGCCAAAUCAACAUUUGCUGGAGUACAGCCCACGAUACUCUGACAAAUAUUAGCCUUUCUACGUUAAACCAAACGUACUUGUCGCUGAGUUCUGCGUCGCCGUCGGCAAGUUCCUGGUCCUUCAGCCCUGAGAAGUUAAUUGCUGCGACCGCGACCACGACCACGUCGACUUCUACAUCUACCACCAAGCAUACCGCAAUGACAACAGACACACACUCGUCCACAACAUCCGCGACACCGUCGUCUACCACAUCGCCAUCCUCCUCAUCGUCACUAUCGGGUGGCGCAAUCGCGGGGAUAGUCAUUGGAGCCGUUGCCGGGGUAGUCAUAAUUGUAGCAUUACUAUUAUACCUCUUCCGGCGGCGCAGGGGACAAGGCGACACACCAACAGGCAAUGCUCAUCAUGAGAAUGUUGUGUAUGGGUCGGAGCCAAAACACGAAGUCAAGCUACAGCCAACAUCGCGUUAUCCACAAGGACCUAUGCACGAAUUAGCAAGCGCCCAGCGAACCGAAUUACCGACAAAUACUCCCCAGGAAUUACCUGGAAGCUGAUCGCCAUCUCAAACUAUAAUUAUAUGUGUUAAUUUGCUGCGAAUGAUGCCACUAGAUAGAUAUUGCAUUACAUGAUAUAUAGUGGACUAAAAUAGACGCAUUCUAUUGUUGACCUGAAUAUCUUGCCUACUGCACCAAAAGACCAAAGUUCUCUUUGGCAGUUCUUUUCUAUAUAAUAUUCUCUCUCAUGUUGUUAAAGGAAUAUACAUAUUUGAUGACCUAGUAUGCCAGGGCUAGAUCGCCGAUGGCCCUAGAACAGCCAAAGAAUGCAGGCAAGGAACAUGGCCAUCUUCCAACACCCAGACAUCGGGGUUCUGCAAAAUUUAAAACCAAUUAAAUCAAGGGAUACUUGGAAAUGUAUUGAUAUAUCUAUAUUUAAUUAACUGAGGAGCACACUACCUAUUAGCUCC